AUGUUCUUUCUUAAAGAUCUUUCUUUAAUUUUGACUCUUCAUCCGUCAUACUUUGGACCCCAGAUGAAUCAAUAUCUUCGAGAAAAGCUACUCACUGAUGUAGAGGGUACUUGUACAGGUCAAUUUGGAUAUAUUGUCACUGUCCUAGAUGGGAUGAAUAUUGACGUCGGAAAGGGUCGAAUUAUUCCAGGAUCCGGUUCUGCAGAGUUUGAAGUCAAGUAUCGGGCUGUUGUAUGGAAACCCUUCAAGGGUGAAGUUGUCGAUGCUAUUGUUUCUAAUGUUUCCCCUAUAGGAUUCUUUGCUGAUGUAGGACCACUGAAUGUUUUUGUAAGCACGAGGUUAAUUCCAGAUAAUCUUGUGUACAAUCCUUCAAACUCUCCACCUGCGUAUAUGUCUAAUGACGAGCUCAUUACAAAGGGAAGUAAGGUAAGACUGAAAGUAGUGGGAACGAGAACGGACGUUAAUGAAAUAUAUGCUAUUGGAUCUAUUAAAGAAGAUUUUCUUGGAGCCAUAUAA